CUCCUUAGUCGCUCCCUGCACAGCGUUUGGUGUUUUGACCUCUUUUCAGUCUAUAUUACUACUGUUCGCACUACCCAUUGAUUGCUUAUGCCACUUUCCGAUCUCUGGCUUUUUGCUGUAUUCCCAUUUCUCAGUGAUUUCACUGUUUUAGCUGCACGAUGGCAUUGUUUACUCCUACAAAUCAGAAGAGGUUGACCAACGUCUCUGUGGUCCGAUUACGAAAAGGUGGCAAUCGUUAUGAAUUAGCCUGUUACCCAAACAAGGUUCGAGCUUGGCGAGACAAACUAGAGACCGACUUAGACGAAGUGUUGCAAAUUCGCUGUGUAUUUUCCAACGUAUCCAAAGGACAGUUUGCAAACAAAAAGGAAAUGUUUCUAGUCUUUCGCACGGAAGAUGAAACCCAAAUUAUUAAAACAAUUUUAGAACAAGGCGAACUUCAGUUGACAGAGAAGGAAAGGUCUGUGGAACAACAAAGUUUAUUUCGAGAUGUUGCAAAGAUGGUAUCAGAACGGUGUGUGAACCCGGAGACAAAUCGGGCGUAUACCGCUACUAUGAUCGAAAAGAUGAUGAAAGACUGUCAUAUUUCCCUCAAGGCUAAUAAGAGCGCCAAACAGCAUGCACUUGAGGUCAUAAAACUGCUUCGUGCGGCUGGCAAUUUCAAAAUUGCUCCAGCGAUGAUGGAGGCCGUCAUCUCUAUUGACCCAAACGUCGCAGACCGUGUCAGGGAUCACGUCCUCAAGUUCUGCACCGAUGUUAUUCGUCAAGGUUGUACAGAAAAUGGCAACUACGACAUGGCUGUCGUCAUCGAACCAGAGAACUACGGUGCUAUCGAGUCGUUAUUGCAUUCUCAAAUCAGAGGAAUGUAUUCCAUUGAGAUCAUGGGAACCACGAAGUAUGAACACAAAAGUAGCGAUGUCAGUCAACCCGCUGUCAACGUACCAGAACAAUCUCUUGAUGAGAAACCGCUGCCUUUUACUGGGGAUGAAACUGCGAUAGCCUCCAUAAAUAGUGUUACCUCGAAAUCCAACACAAAAGGCGCUAAACCACUGCAGCCUAACCCGCCUACUGUUACUGCACCUGUGGUAAAGUCGAACAAAACUCAACGCCGUCACAAGCGAGGAAAGCGCAGACCGCGCGAUGAUGAUUGGCCUGACGAUGAUGCUGACGAAUCUUGAAUCCAACCUCCUCUUUCCCUUUGCUACUGUUUACCACGAGUGCUCACACAAACCACGUGUUUGCUUCUUUUCUACAGCGUUAUUUUUACACUAUCCCCUUUGACAGCUUGCGCUUCUGACAUUGCCCUACCUCUCUGUAUAUUCGCCCCAUCAUUCCUGCAACAUGUUUAUCCCACCUACAGUCUAUUCUCAUCUUCAGUGUGCGACCG